AUGGCCUCAGCUGACCUCAACCAGGAUGGCUAUGGUGACUUGGUGGUGGGUGCCCCGGGCUACAGCCACCCUGGCCACAUCCAGGUUGGUCGUGUGUACCUCAUCUAUGGCAAUGACCUGGGCCUGCCCCCCAUCGACGUGGACCUGGACAUGGAGGCCCACGAGAUCCUGGAGGGUUUCCAGCCCUCAGGCCGAUUUGGGUCAGCUUUGGCCGUGUUAGAUUUUAACCAGGACGGCCUGCCUGACCUGGCGGUGGGGGCCCCCUCAGUGGGCUCGGAGGAGCUCACAUAUAAGGGUACAGUGUACAUCUACUUUGGUUCCAAGCAAGGGAGAAUGGCAAGUUCCCCCAACAUCACCAUCUCUUGUCAGGACGUCUACUGUAACUUGGGCUGGACACUCUUGGCUGCAGAUAUGAAUGGGGACAACAAGCCUGAUCUGGUGAUUGGUUCCCCUUUUGCACCAGGUGGAGGGAAACAGAAGGGAGUUGUGGCUGCAUUUUAUUCUGACCCUAGACGGACUGACAAAGAACAGUUGAACGUGGAGGCGGCCAACUGGAUGGUGAAAGGCGAGGAAGAUUUCUCCUGGCUGGGAUACUCGCUUCACGGGGUCAGCGUGAACAACAGAACUUUGCUGUUGGUUGGGAGCCCGACCUGGAAGAAUGCCAGCAGUUUGGGCAGUUUGUUCCGCACUCAGGAUGAGAAACAGAGUCUUGGACGGGUCUAUGGCUAUUUCCCACCAAACUGCCAAAGCCGGUUUACUAUUUCUGGAGACAAGGCAAUGGGGAAGCUGGGUACUUCUCUGUCAAGUGGCUACGUGAUGGUGAACGGAACCCAGAGACAAGUGCUUCUGGUUGGGGCCCCAACUCACGAUGAUGUGUCCAAAAUGGCAUUCCUGACCAUGACCUUGCACCAAGGCGGAACUACUCGGAUGUAUGAACUGACACCAGACUCCCAGCCUUCUCUGCUCAGCACUUUCAGUGGAGACCGCCGCUUUUCUCGGUUUGGUGGAGUUCUGCACCUUAGUGACCUGGAUAACGAUGGCUUAGAUGAAAUCAUCAUGGCAGCCCCACUGAGGAUAGCAGAUGUGACCUCCGGACUGAUUGGGGGAGAAGAUGGCCGUGUUUAUGUAUACAAUGGCAAACACACCACCUUAGGUGACGUGACAGGAAAAUGUAAAUCAUGGAUUACUCCAUGUCCAGAAGAAAAGGCCCAAUAUGUAUUGAUUUCUCCUGAAGCAAGCUCAAGGUUUGGGAGCGCUAUGAUCACUGUGAGGUCCAAGAACAAGGUGAGUUCCAAGUAUCAAGACUAUACUCCUUUGAUAUUUGUUAUG